AUGGCGACUGCUCAGUGCCGGCAAGGGGCCAACGGCAGCUGGAUGCUGCCGCUGGUGGUAGCUGUCUUGGCUGGAAUCGCUCUGCUGACCGCGUCCGUAAAUGGGUUAAGUUCAACAGGUGAAAGAGAGAGCCGAAAACUUUUCGGUGGGUACCGAAUUACGCCAAAGUUCUGCAAUGCUACGCGGUCGCUGCUGAAACGUGAGCCGGAACGACGUGGCCCUACGAUCUGCAUGUUCAAUCACGAAUGCUUCCAGCGGCAGGGUGAAGUAGUGGGUGCCUGCAUGGAUGGGUUUCUGUUCGGGACCUGCUGCGAGUUGCCGCUCACGAAGGACACCGUGGCGACGGACGCACUGAUGGAGCAAAUCAACACCACCGAACAGUCGGCCCAAUCGUCGCUCAGUUCAGCCAUCGCCAGCCAGUACGAAAAGUUUGGCAGCCAGAUGACGAGCGGUGGGUAUGGGGAAGGUGUGGUGCAUGUAGAGCAGGACCCACCAAAGCCCGAUUCGCUGGAAACGGACACGAGUGGUGGCUACACGGCGAGCAUUGAAAAAAUCAAACCACUGUUUACGAAAAUCCAAAACAACAACUACAUCGUAAAUGAUGAUCUGGACGAGGAUAUCGUGCUGAACAGUAUCAGCGCAAACAAGUACGAUGUGGCUAGCGAUGCGGUGUCUGUGUACUCACCCUCCACCAACAAGAUUAAGACGGAAAGCGAUGAGCUGCCCUCAUCUUCGCUCGGUUACCCUUCCACGACGGAAUCGGACGAGACGCACUACGUGCAGGUGAACAAGGAUGGUGUGUACAGUGCCGAAAUUCCUUCCCUGUUGAGUGCAUACGGUGAAACGGGUUCGAGUGAAACGAGCGGCACCGGAUCGUCCUCCAUAUCGACGGAAACAAGCACCGACAUCACGGCUACCGGGGUGCAACAAAUUGCCAACCAAAUCUUCCAGGAGAACAGCCAAUUUUUCGACCACAGUGACAUCACACAUCCCGCUGCCGAAACGGAUCUACUCAACGAGCACGGUGCCGUUGACCAGAGCUAUGCCAACCCGAAUGACUUUUCCGGCGUACCGCAAGCGUCUCAAGCGGUGCCUCAACAGUCAGCACCAACGGUAAAGCCUAUAAAGGUAACCUAUCCGAAGCCACAGUUUAAGCCUCGCCCGAAACCGACACAACCGAGCUCGAAUGAAGCUGCCGGCAAUAGCCAGUACGUUUUGGUGCAGACAAUCUCGAAUGACACUAAAAACGACACACAGUCCAAGCCGACUGUUUCCAUGAACAACAUUCCCUCGAUCGAGUCGAUCAUUCUUAUGCUGAACGAUUCGAACGUUGGUCCACAGUACGAAACCGACGAUGCCAACGCUACGAAGGCUUCGUUCGAGGCAUCUACCGCGCCGUCCACUUAUGGAACGGCUUCAAUCGACUACGACAAGUACGGACCUACCAGCUUCUACAUCACAAAGCCACAAAAGACUGACGCACCGACGGUUACACAUACCACCAGCAAUGUUCCAUCCACGAGCUACGUUUACAGUCCAAAACCUACGAAACGGCCCACUUUAGCACCGGUUGUAGUGCAAGCCACCCUGCUAACGAACAGUGCCGUCUCCUAUGGGGGAUCUGCUUCACCGCAAAGCGAAUCUCUGCCCUCCUCGACACAUCGACCACCACCGACGAAAAUUAUAGUGUCAUCGAGCACUUCCAAGCGACCGGUUCUUAUCACAACAGACACGUUAGCUAGCAGUGGCUAUUAUACCGGCCCAACCAGGCCCGCAUCCACGGUCUCCGUUUCUUCCGUGCAACCAACGAAAAAGAUCACGACGAUCGCUACCAAACGUCCUAUCGCUACCACGAUCAAGCUGCCAGAGUACAUUGUACAGUCUUCGACAUUGUCCCACCAGAACCCGUCAACGUUGGCCAACGUUAACUACAUUCAAAUUGCAAGUGCCUCCGAUAAUCCAUCGCCCACCGUACACAUCACGCCGAAGCCUGUCGUUGGGCUUGUAACGUCUUCCACGUGGAACAACAAUCACAACAACAAGAUAGGAUCGUCGGUAGCACCGAGCAGUUCUCGGCCCGGAUUCUACGAGAACACACCACCCGUCUACAUGUCGUCGAUUGGAGAUUUCGAGGAUGAGGGCUACUUUGGAUCGACUAGCCGGCCAGCCUUAGACAAUACUGUUACCUCCACCGCUAUCUACACAAUUGUGGACAAUAAUAACAACAAAAUCAGUAACUUCGCUUCGUCCACCUAUGCUCCUUAUGGACCGACAGCAUCGUACGGUUCGACUCCAUCCUAUCCGAUAGGAAACCGUGUACCACCGAAACAGCCUAGCUUGCAAACUUACGGACCACCGGCAGUAGUUGAAGUGUCCACACUCAAGAACGAACUCUACACUACGCCAGAUGAUAUCAACAAUUUCCCACCGGUGCGCAAUCCUAACCUUAAUCUGACCGACCCUACCACCAUGUCGAACAUUACGAAGAUCGAGAACGGUAUUUACGGUACACCGGCGAGCGAGGAGGACAAGGUUAACAUGCUCGUCAACAAGAUUGUGCAGACAUUCAAUGGUAACUUUGAGGAACUGGAACAAAUUCUGAAGGAGCGUAAGAACCUUACCAUUACCAGUACCGCUGGAUCGCUUGCUGCGACCACUGCAGUUGCACCUGCAUCAGUUUCGUCCACUAGCGAAGGAUCCGCUCCCACCUCCAGCACCACUCCGAAGCCUAAGAAGAAGAAGAAGCGUCCGAGUGGCAACAGGAAGCCUUCCAAUGGUACCACCACUAGCUCUGGAAGCUCCACAAAGAAACCAACCACUAAGCCCACCGUGUUGGCUGACAGUGCUGCCAGUAACGCAACCUCCGUCAAACCAUCGUCUCGUCCUUCGAAGAAACCAACCAAGGUACGACGUCCGAGUAACUCCACCAAACCAACCAGCGGAUCCAAGCCAACCUCCGCAACAACGCUCAGCAAACCGAUCGCCAACGAUAGUCCGGCAAAACCGGCCAAGCCGUCCAGCACGAAGCCGAAACCUUCCACAUCCGCCAGUACAGCGUCCGGCUCACGGCCGAAACCCUCCACAUCGCCGAAACCAUCGACAGCUACCAGCACGACCAAGAAACCGGUCCGUGCGUCCACCACCAAGCGGCCAACGCGCAAACCGAGCACCCGGCCGACGCUAGCCGAUGCGGACCUCACCACCACCCAGCUGACGACGACGCGCAAACCCACCAAAGUCACGAAGCGCCCCACCAAACGCCCAUCCUCGACGACGACGACCACCACCGCCGCCCCGGAAGACGAAACGAUCGACGAGGAGGAAAACGCCGUGGACGGUGAGGACGAGGAGGAGGAGGAGGACGAGGACGUUGGUGAGGAGACGAACGAGACGGUAGACCAGCAGUCGGCAGGAGGGAGAAAGAUUCUUUGUGGCCAGCGGCCGUUGAUGAAGAGUGGACGCGUGGUAGGCGGUAAGGCAUCGAAGUUUGGCGAAUGGCCCUGGCAGGUGCUUGUUCGGGAGUCGACCUGGCUCGGACUUUUCACCAAGAACAAGUGCGGUGGUGUGCUGAUCACGAACGAGUACGUCAUCACUGCCGCUCACUGUCAACCGGGCUUCCUUGCCUCGUUAGUGGCCGUGUUUGGGGAGUUCGACAUCUCCAGCGACCUGGAAACGAAGCGUUCCGUCACGAAGAACGUGAAACGUGUCAUCGUUCACCGGCAGUACGAUGCGGCCACCUUCGAGAACGAUCUAGCCAUCCUGGAGCUCGAGAAUCCCAUCCAUUACGACGUUCAUAUAGUGCCAAUCUGUAUGCCGGGCGAUGAAGCUGACUUUACCGGGCGUAUGGCAACGGUUACGGGCUGGGGCCGGCUAACCUACGGUGGCGGUGUACCCUCCGUCCUGCAGGAAGUUCAGGUGCCGGUCAUCGAGAACAGCGUCUGCCAGGAGAUGUUCCACAUGGCCGGACACAACAAGAAGAUCCUACCAUCGUUCGUCUGUGCCGGUUACGCAAAUGGAAAGCGAGAUUCCUGCGAGGGUGACAGCGGUGGUCCGCUGGUCCUACAGCGUCCCGAUGGCCGGUACGAGCUGGUCGGUACCGUGUCCCACGGUAUCCGGUGUGCCGCCCCUUACCUGCCCGGUGUCUACAUGCGAACAACCUUCUACAAACCCUGGCUACGAAGCGUUACUGGCGUGAAAUAACAUCC